UGUGUUGUGAAUUGUGAAAUGUGAAUAAUAUUAACAUUUACCGAAUUUACCUAUUGACUUACUACUUACUUACCAAAUUUAGUAUUUGAAGAUUUAAAAAUUAACUACCUACGAUAGGCUUAUAGCCUAGAUCUUAUAUGAGUGGAAAGUAAUAGAGCGAAUUUUUUCCUCUGAUACGUAAAUAAUCAUUUUGAAUGUAAAAAGAGUAAUCAAACCAAAUCAACCAAUACUAAAAUUAUAUCUAAUGGAGUACACAGUGCAAAAUUUGGAAUUCGCAGUGUCUGUCUUCUACAACGGCGAACCAACAGAAAGAGCAAAAGCACACACAUGGCUUACUGCAGCUCAAAGGGUUCCAGAAGCUUGGAAUUUCGUGUGGGAUUUACUUCAUCCUACUAAGGGCACAGAAAUACAAUUCUUUGCAGCAACAACAUUACAUACUAAAAUUUUGAGGUGCUGGUAUGAGCUGCCCCCAGAAAGUUAUGAUGAACUUAAAAACAAAAUACUGCAAGCUAUUAUUACCUUUAUGCAUGGACCUAAAAUUGUUUCAAAUAGAUUAUGCAUUAGUCUGGCAGCUUUCAUUCUACAGCAAGGGACAAUAGAUUUGGUUGGUACACUUACACCUCUUUCAUCUGAGGAUAAGUCUUAUUUGCUAUUAGAGGUUCUGACUGUGAUACCAGAAGAGUACAACAGUAUGACCAUGGGGACGGCACUGAGAGCCAAAAAUCGCUCCGCACUGAAUCAAGCUUGUGCUAUGGUGCUAGAUGACAUGCUCAGGAUACUUAAUACUGUAUACAAUGACUACAGCAGUGACCAGCCACCAAGUGACGCGACAAUAAAUUCAUGGACUUCAGCGGCUACAUGUGUCACCAGUUGGCUCACAUUGGGUAACGAUGAGGAGGCGGACUCUGUGAUAUCGUUCAAUGACCGAGGGCCUCUCUUGAGAGUUUUGCAGACAGCUGUCCAUGUUUUAUAUACAUGUGCGGACCCGGUGUGCGGCACGGCGCUGGAGGCAUGCGAGGCGUGCCUGGGAGCCGUGCGAGCGGCCGCCACGGCGGGCGACGCCCACCGGUACGAGGCGGCCGCCCUGCAGCUGAUCACCGACCUGGUGUCACUGGCCUCGCCCCUGUUCGCCGCUUACAACGUGCCGGACUCUGCCAACGAGGAGCUGAUAUGCGCAAUGAUAACAUGCCUGGUGUCGGUGGCGGAAUGUCAUACGGCAUCGCUGGUUCGCUCCGUGACCCCCGAGGGGCAGUGCGAGGGAGUUAUGAUAUUGCUCCAGCUGCUCCUGGGUGCGCAGGCGGCGCCAGGCCACUACCCCAUCCAGGAGAUGAGGUCCAACCUGCUGUUUGGAAUCUGGUACACACUGCAGGAUGAGGUGAUACAUUUUUCUGAGGGCGGUAAAAAAAUGCACCCAAUGUGGAAGGAACUGUUUUCGCAACUCCUGUCGAGUUUAAUCAUGAAGUCAGAAAUACCGCCGGAUUCUGAGUUGACAAAGGAUGAUGAGGAGCUGUUGCGGUGCUACAGACAGGAUAUUGCUGACACUAUUGUCUAUUGUUACGCCAUCCUCGGGGAAGCGUGCUUUGAGCUAGUGAAGCAGACGUUUGAGUCGAGCGUGGGCGAGCGGCGGCGAGAGGCGUGUCUACACGCGUUCUGUGCACUCGCAGACGUGGCACGCAGAGGGUGCGCGCCGCAAGCCUUGUUGGACUUGCUGCAACAAGCUGUUGAACUGGUGGAUGCCACCACCGACCAACGCACUUUGGACACAGUGCUCGAGUGCAUCGGCACGUAUUCGUCGUGGAUCAGUUCGCUCCGCGUGGCGCAGGCCCGCUCGCUGGGCGAGUGCUGCGUGCGUGCGGCGGGCCGCUCGCUGUGCCGCAGCCCGGCGGCCGCGGCCGUGGCGUUGCGCCGUCUGGCCACCGAGUGCGCCGCGCCCGCUGCCGCAGUAGUCGCCGACAUCGUCAGCGCCGCGCUCAGUGCGGAAGGCAAGCACGACAGCUGGGUGCGGCGACAGCUCCACUCGGCAGCGGGCGGCGCCCUGGCCGCGUGUCCCCCGGAGGUGGCGGCGCCCUAUCUGAGGCAGCUGUCGGAGCAAAUCGUGCGUGAAAUCACCACCCAUACAAAGGAGCGAGGCGAGCAACCUGCUGCGUCGGACACAUGCGUGGGUGGAGGGUGCGGCGCCGCACUGAUAGCCUCGCUGAGAGCUCAGCCCGCCCUCGCAGUGGAGUUGUUUCGUGCGCUCAUGCCCGCGCUCUAUCUACUGGCCAACUCGGGGCUCAUCGAGUCGAUGCUCGUGGUGGUGAAACAGACGGUGAUGUCGCUAAUGGACGACUGCGCGCCGCUCGCUGAUGAUCUCGUGGCCCUCAUCCUGAUCGCCUUAGAGGGGGAGCCCACCGCUACCGCCCUCGACGCGGUCAAACUGACAGUUCUGAUGAUUGGCGAUGAGUGUCCACAAGUGCGGAGGAUCUUCACUCACAGCGUGGUUCUAACAAUUCAAAUCCUGGCGCCGGAACUGGCCAACGCCAUGAAGACAGACUCUCCGCCGCGAUACUCCCGACCAGACCUCAUGGAGGCGCUCUUCGUGAUGCUGCAACUGCUCAGCAAGAAGAAGCCAAUCUACUUUGAUGCAAUUGAGAAUGUGAUACCGGAACUUGUUCAGUUAGCCUGUUGGUGCAUGCACGUGUGGGAGAUCCGUGUGGCGCGUGAGGCGUGUCACUGGCUCGGCUCGUUGGCCAUCAAACGACCGCAGCUGAUAAAACACAUCGCGCCCGACGUGACACACGCCGCCCUGCGCUGUAUCGGCGGCGGCAGUCCGCGCAACCAGAUGGAGCCCCUGGCGGACCUGAUGCUGUCCAUGAACCGCGCGGCCUGGGGCCCGGGCGAGCUGGCGGGCUGGCUGCGAGCCUCGCUGGCUGCCCCCGGGUUCCCCUCGGCCCUCGCCGCGCCCCACCACAAGCAGGACUUCAUCGACGCCGUGCUCAAAGAGAAGAGCAGCAAACGACGAGUAUUGGAGUCGAUUCUAAAGUUCUCGCUGGUGUGCCGCGGCCUCGAGGACACGGAGUACGCGCGGCAGACCAUGGCGUCGCGGCAGCUGAUAGCUUAGGAUGUCCCGUGACAAUAUGAUUUAUAAAAAUAAUUGGCAACCAUCUCGAUUAAACCAUGAAUACAUUUUUAUAAUUGUUCAUGUCAAUCCUCAAAAAAGGUCUCACUUGAUUAUAGGUGAUGGCCAGGAUUUAAUAUGUGGAAUUAUCGGGAGCUAUCAGUUUAUGGCUGAAAAAACUUGAACACAAUGAUCAAUGUCCCGUUGUUGCGUCUCUUGCCGCGGGACGCAGUACGACGCCCUUUGUAAAAUCGUAGCUGUUCCUGUGGGCGCCUCGAUGUGGUACGUUUCACACAGAUUCUGUAUAUACCUAGUCUUGCCAUAAAUACUGAAACAAAAAAUAAAAUCUAUUGCAAAUAACAUUUAUCACUUUUACAGUGUGUUUAAUACAUAAAUAUAAAACAAUUUAAAAUAUAAAAAGCUUAUUCGGAGUGGUCUACAUUGGCUAAAAUACAGUCCUUUAAACGUUGAGGCCAGCUGUUAUCAAUAGAAGCCAAUCGUACGGAUUAUUUUAGGGACUCCAAAUUACCAUGGCGUUAAAAGCAAGCCGUAUUCUCUAAAACUGAUCAUAUAAAUCAUAAUCCAGCGGAUUAAGAUCGAGACUAGACGACGGCCAGUCUUCAGCUCUGAUGAAGUCCGAAUCGUUCGUUUCCAACCAAGUCUGCGAGCUUUAUGACCCGACGCCGUCUUGCUGGAAGGACCAUUCUUUGUUAUUGAACAUGGUGUUAGUAAGGGGCUUCACUAUCUUCUCAAGAAUGGUAUCUUGAUACACUUGUGCCGAUGUUUUGAUACCUUUUUCACAAUAGCUCAGUCACUCCUUCAUAGCUAAUACCCCGCCAAACCAUCACUGAAGUCGGACAGUGCCCACGCUGCACUCUGUCGACUAAUUGGGAAGCUACCUUACAGCAUAAAUACGGUCAUUUUGUUUGUUAAAAUGUUGCUCAAUUAUAAAAAAAUUGUCAUCCAAAAUUUAUCUCCGACCUCCCUUUGCGUACCGCUUCUACGUAAACAACUACUUGUUUCGAUUUUACCACCCUAUUCUUUUUUAAAUUAUCAGUAAGAAAUGGCCAGUACGUUUUAAAAGUUUUCAAAUUCAAUUGUAAUAUUUUGUUUAUUUUUUAUUGUAACUGUAUUUAUGGCCAGACUAUACCAUACUAUAAUAUAUCUGUUAAAUUUGUAUUUUGGCACAUUAGUGACUCGUAGCUAUUACAGUUAGAGAAUUAAGGAACACACUGUAUACCAUAAUUUUAUAAGUUCUGUGAAUGUCUAUGUAUCUUAUAUAAGAUUGGAAAGUGUUCAUUUUCAUACAAAUAUUGAUACUGUUUUUAAAAGUAAUUAACGUAAAUUUUUCAUCUUUAUUUGUGAAUUUCAUAAAGAGUAUGCCAUUGUUUUAUGUCACUGAUGUUAAAUGGCGUGAAUAACGUUUCUAAGGUUUAUCUACAUGUGAUAUGUGUAGAGCAUAAACUUCUUUAGCUGACUAAGCUCUUAAGCUUUCUUAAAAUUACAUACUUAUUGUUUUAAAUACCUACAUAUUACUUGUUAUAUCGACACUUUCUUUGAAUUUAACUAAUUCAAAAACAAACAGUUUCUAAAUCGCCGACAUCAACAGGUGAUUUUUAUACAAUAUUCCAAAAAUAAAUUUAUAAAAUUUAAUAA